UCGAAGAGAACCGCUAUCUUUCAACGAGGAACUGGUGAGGUAUUACCAAAACUAACAGCUUAAUCUAGAGGGAAGGUUAAAAAAGGUCUUUUUUACAUGCUGAAUAUAUUUUAAUAUUCUUAUCUAUUUUUUCACACCUCCAGGAAUCUAUAAUACCUUUUUUGCGGGGCUGUAAAAAUCGUGGGGAAGAAAACCGAAAGUGAGACAGCAGAUAGUCUCCCCUACAGUGAAAAAUUGAGAGACCGGGAGAAUGCGGUGGACUGUUCCAUGUUUCCUCCUCUUCGCCGGGUACUUUAUGGCCAUGGACUGCGUAUCUGCUGGGGGACAAUGCAAAGAGGAACGGAGCAUAAGUGGGAUGGCUCUACAAGGAUUCGUCUUUAAAAAGCUUUCCGUCAGAGCCUUUCACGAGUGUGAUAUCAGGUGUGAAAGAGAACUCACUUGUCAAAGCUAUAACUACGUCGUAGAGGAAAAUUUGUGCGAACUGAAUAACCGAACCAAGGAGGCAAGACCUGAACAUUUCCGCUCAGAUCCGGCACGUGUUUACUUACGGCGCUUGAGCAACCGGGCUCCUCUGGGUUCCAUUCCGGAGCUCCCAGCGCAUUCGUGUCAGGAAAUAAAGGCAAGCGAAGGCAAAGAAACCGUUAGCAGCAAGUACUGGUUGGAUCCAACCGGGAAUGGAACGGCAGUGUUGUUUUGUUGCGACAUGACUUUAGAAGGUUAAUGACCGUCAGUUUUCGUAUCACUUGAGUAAUGUUUUGAGCAUAACUUGCAUAUUAUUGCUGUUGACUUCUUCUUUGUGUAAAAUAGAUCUAAACUCUUCAUUUACUUUUUGCGUAUGAGAGCUUUUUAGGUUUCCCAUUGCCAAAGCUUGAAAAGUUUAUUUUUAAUUUAGACAUUGAUGAAUGCAUCACCGGCAACCAUAACUGUGCUUUAUUUGUCAAACUCAUAAAGGGAGUGCCCGGUUACCCGGGGAGCAUUUUGGUUUGAAUGUUGACAAAUCGUUGCUGACUACCCCCGGUCGGGCUAAUUAUAGUUACCCAACACCGCAAAAGUGUCCUAACUUUUGUGAAGCGGCUGUUUUCGAAUUUGCGAGCGUAGCAAUCUCGAAAUAAAUGUAGCGUUGCGAAGGCGUUGUGGACGCAAUCGCGUAGCGAGUGAACUGACAUGGAACUUCGACAUCUCUUCUUCGAUUCUACGAAGGAAUUGAGCCGGCAGGGCUAUUUUCAGCGCAUUGAUUCGCUUCCAGCGGCGGGCACUACGGAAAUCAGUGUCCGGCCUUGUCUUUCUUUUAGUAGUGGAAACCAACAGAACGAUAACUCGCCGAAAUCGCGUUAGAACGGCCAGAGCAGCUG